AAAAUUCAAAUACACGCAAUCAUUACUGCAUAAUUUUCCGGUAAAGAAUACAUUCCAGAAAAUAUACUUGCAGGAAGUAAACGUUAAUUACUGUUAUUAUUAUCUUUGCCCACUUUUUGAAGAAAAAAAUAGCAGGAAACAGAGCAAGCCACUUUUUAUACCCUCUAUUGUUUGAACAUCAUUUUCAUUUAUUCUGUUCUUGAAGAAUUCUGCUGAGUUUUUUGUUAAGAAAAAGGAAAGAGAGAACAAAAAGAGAUUUUUUUGAGUUUUUUAGUGGCCAUAAUUGAUGAUGGGCAGUUUAGAUUGGAAGAUUCGUUCGUUUUUUUUUGUGUUUUUGGUGAUCUUUGCAGAGUCAUAUGUUUCUGGUUUCACUGACCCUCGUGAUGUUUUUGCAAUAAACAGUUUAUAUGCUUCUCUGGGCUUCCCUCCCCUUUCUAACUGGAUUCCCUUUGGGGGGGACCCUUGCGGACUGAAUUGGCAAGGAGUAUUGUGUGUCAAUUCCAACAUAACCUCUAUCAUUUUAAAUGGUGAAAAUUUGGGAGAUGCGCUGAAUGAAGACUUGGGAUCGUUUUCCUCGAUUAUACAAAUAGAUCUAAGCAACAACCAUAUAGGAGGCAGUAUACCAUCCGACUUGCCUAUCACUAUGAGGAGCUUUGUCUGAUAAUGCCCCGUCCCUCCCUCAAUACCACAAACGCUAGUUUUCUCUCAGGUAAUCAGCUCAUUGGAAGCAUCCCGUAUAAUCUAUCCACCUUAGACCAACUGACUGAUUUGUCUCUGAACAACAAUAAUUUAACUGGAGCAAUUCCUGAUGCCUUUAAACAGCUUAAGGGUUUGAUCAACGUGGAUUUGUCAGGAAACAGUUUGUCUGGUCAGCUGCCUCCUUCAAUGGGGAUCUUGUCCUCUCUUACCACACUGCAUUUGCAGAACAAUCGGCUUACUGGAACCCUGGAUGUUCUUCAAGAUCUUCCCCUCAGAGCUUUGAACAUAGAAAAUAAUCUGUUUUCUGGACCUAUACCCGAGAAGUUGCUCAGUAUUCCUGAUUUCAGUCGAGGAGGUAACCCCUUUAACACGACGGUAAUACCUUCACCAGCAUCACCUCCUUCAUUUUCCCCUUCCAUGGCACCUUCUCCUCAUCUGGAUCCUACAAAACGAGCAAAUGGACCGUCAGCAUCUCCAUUACCACAAUAUGGAAGGGAAGGAAAGAGAAGUACAACAAAAAUUGUUCCAUGGAUUUCUAUUGCUGCUGGAUUGUUUGCAGUUGUAUUACUAGCUCUGGGGCUAGGUGUUCUCAUGUUCAAAUGUUGUAAAAGGAGGAAAUUGAAAGAGAAAACCUCAAAAAGGUAUGCAAUGGGAGCACUUGGCAUCCAUCAGACUCGCAGACGAGACCGGAAUCUGCCAAAGCCUCAUUACCAUGUAGAGAGAGAACCGAAAGAAGGCGAUUUACAGCAAUCUGUUGGAGGUAGUAAGAGAAAAACUGCAGUGCUAAAUCAGAAAAAAGAUCAUAGUCUAGAUAUAACAAGUUUGGAUUAUGCACAGCUACCCCAACCAGCACAUCCUCUUCCACUUCUCCCUGCUGAAAGGAUUGCUGCAAAUCCAAUUUUUUCUCCAUUAACCUCAAGGGAGCAUGCUUCUAAUCGUGUUGACUCUGUUAAGUUCUUUAGCAUUGCAUCUCUUCAACAGUAUACAAAGAGCUUUUCUCCAGAAAAUUUAAUUGGGGAAGGCACGCUUGGAACAGUUUACAAAGCUGAGCUUCCUGGAGGAAAGGUCCUGGCAGUCAAAAAAUUGAACACAAUAGCUUCAAGGCAAUUGAGCGAUCGAAAAUUCCUCGAGCUAGUGUCAAAUAUCUCUAAACUUCAACAUGCAAAUAUAGUGGAACUUGUAGGUUACUGCCUGGAGCAUGGACAACUUCUGCUUGUAUAUGAUUAUUGCAGAAAUGGGACGCUCUAUGAAGCACUACACUUGGACGUUGAGAUCAUAAAAAAGCUUACAUGGAAUGCUCGGAUGCAUUUGGCACUUCAAGCUGCGAGAGCCCUGGAGUAUUUGCACGAGACAUGUCAGCCACCUAUUGUGCACCAGAACUUCAAAUCUGCUAAUAUUCUCCUAGAUGAUGGGCUUGCGGUGCGAGUUUCUGAUAGUGGAUUGGCUCCACUGCUGCCAUCUGACUCGAUGACUCAGUUGCAAGGUCGUGGUUAUGGUGCUCCAGAACUUGAAUUAGGAAGCUAUACCUACCAGAGUGAAGUCUACAGCUUUGGAAUUGUGAUGUUAGAACUUUUAACUGGGCGAAAAUCAUAUGACAGGUUGCGCCCCCGUGGAGAGCAAUAUCUCGUUAGAUGGGCAAUUCCACAGCUUCAUGAUAUAGAUGCAUUAUCGAGAAUGGUUGAUCGUUCUCUAAAUGGUGCUUAUCCGUCAAAGUCUUUAUCUCGGCUUGCUGAUAUAAUUUCUUUGUGCGUUCAGCACGAGCCAGAAUUCAGGCCACCAAUGUCUGAGAUUGUCCAAAACCUCCUACACAUGAUACAGAGAGAUUCCAGAGCACGACUCGAGAGGGCAUGAGCUGGAGUUGGAAAGGAGUUGCGCUCCUUAAACUCAUUGCCGUGCUGAUAUGCAUAUUUUCCUUAUUUUUCGUGAGAACUACAUAGUAUAUGCUGAAUGUCUAGGGAAAAUGCAUUUGUUUUCUUUAGUGUGCUAGUCAAAUUAUCGAUUUUUUUUAUUCUUUUAUGUUGUUGGUGAGUAAAAAUGUUAAUGUUGUAUGUGGAA